CGUUAACGCUGCUGUGAAAAUGGCGGCUCCGGGAGCAGCGGCUCCUGCUCGGCUGGUCCAGUACGUGGUUGUCCGAUCAGACCUGGUUCAUUCUCUGUCGUGGCCCCUGGGAGCGGUCAUUACACAGGCCUGUCAUGCGGCUACUGCGGCCAUCCACCUGCACUACACCGACCCGGACACGCAGCGCUACCUGCAGGAGCUGGACUCCAUGCACAAAGUGGUUCUAGCGGCUCCAGAUGAGGUAGCCCUGUCCGGACUCUCCCAGAGUCUAACUCAGGCUGGAGUGUUGCAUAAACUGUGGAUCGAGCAGCCGGAGAACAUCCCCACUUGUUUGGCUCUAAAGCCCUAUCCCAAAGACACUGUCCACCCACUGCUGAAAAAGUUCAAACUGUUCAAAUAAGUGAAUGGGACCUUGAAUGAAGGGACAAUGAAAACGUGCCAGUAACAGUAACCAAACCAUCUGAAAGACUGGACAAAGCAUAUUAUCUUACUUAAGCUCUAGUGCAUGUUCUUGGAAGAAUGCACACAGUUUGCAUUGUUAUUUAAAGCUUAUGACAUUGUUGUACACAUGUAAGAUUGUGACUGUAAAUGACUAAAGAAAACAAUGCAAGCGU